AUGUCUCCCAUAUAUGGAGGGCGAGGCCCCCUUUUGCUGGGAGUGACUUGGGCAGAGACGGCGCUGGCUCUCAUUCUGUUUGGACUGCGCGCAAAAACAGCCUCCCUCUGUCCACCAGGGACCCGUUCGUACGGUAUCUGUGGCCUGCGAUGGGAUUUCGUCUGGGUCAUGUUCUCGCUUGCGGUCGCCUUGGUCGCGCAGUGCACCAUGACUGUCAGCGUGAUGUACGGACUCGGUAUGCAUCGGGAUCAGCUCUCGCAUCAUGAGCUGGUCCUGAGCAACUAUUGGAGUUGGAUCGCGCAAGUCCUGGCAAUUAUCGAUCUGGCCAUCGCACGGGUCGCCGUGAUUGCUUUCCUACUGGCUCUUCAGAUGCAUACCCAUCGUAAGGGCCGGUGGCUUUUGCUCGCAGUCGGUGCGAUCCAGGCACUCAUCAAUGUGGUCGAAGUAGGUGUGAUAUUCCACCAGUGCGACCCGCCCCAUAAACUGUGGGAUACAGAUGUUCCCGGGACCUGCGACCUGAUUGAGUUCUGCUUGCAUCUUGGUUACGCACAAGGAGGGAUUGGUGCGGCCUCGGAUAUCAUGCUUGCCUUUUACCCAGUCUACAUCAUCGGAAGACUGCAGCAGAUGAGCCUCUCCGUCAAGAUAGGGCUGUGCUUAUUGAUGAGUGGGGGUAUCAUAGCCGGAGUUGCUGGGAUCAACAAGACGUUUGCCAUCGCUACGAUUGCCGAGACUAAAGACCAAACCUACGCUAUCGCCAAACUGAACACCUGGGUACUGACCGAGAUGUGGUUCAUUCUCAUCUUCGGGUCCAUCCCCGGGCUGCGUCCCUUCUUUCUCCGGUUCUCGCAGAGUAUAAAAAGCGUGGCGAGUUCGUCGGGCUCGCGCAGUGGCACACAUUCCGCUGGCAACCCCAGUGAGCCUGACCCCCCAAGGGAGACCUGGACGGAUUUAGUCGAUCGCUCGCACCAUCCUUGGACGGCACACGGGCCUCGCACAACUAGGUCGAGGGGUCAGGCGCAUAUCCUACUCUAUCGUCAAGGCAAGUUUAUUCCCACAUCGGAUAUCCACCGUUCCGACCAAACAAUUGAAAUGACCGUCUUUGACGAGAUUGCGAACGUGCACAAGCUGGCCGAGGCUGAGGCUGCGGGAGAUCCCAAUGCCCACAAUCAGCUACUGGCCGCCAUUCGCAAGUUGCAACUGACAGCAGAGAAGCCAAUUGAUACCACGUCGCGAUUGAACUUUCAGAUUAUGCAAAAUAUGUGUAUUCGAGUGGCUAUUGAGAGCAGACUUCUCCAUGUGAUAGCCGAAAAGGCAGAGCCCAUAUCAUCGCGAGAGCUGGCUGAGGCAACAAAUACUGAUGAGUUUCUGAUUGUCCGUGUGAUGCGGGUGUUGACUGCCAUUGGCCUUGCAACUGAGACGGCCAACCAGACCUACGCUGCCAAUGAAACGACAUACUUCGAGAUUUUGCCGGGGUCGAUUGCGGCUGUGAAGCAUCAUUUCGAGCCCGAUUUUGGCAUGGGAGCUAGAUUAGUAGAUUACAUGCGUGGCCCAGGUAUCCAUCAGUUCGCCGAUGAACCGGAUCAAGUGACCCUCUUCAAGUACGCCCACGGAUUCGACAAAAUCUUUGGCAUGCUGGAGCAUAAUCCAGAACAAAAGGAGGCAUUUGAUGACUAUAUGGCUUCUCGGCGCUUGGUCCAUCAACCACAGUGGUUUGAAAUCUACCCCGCUGCUAAAAAAUUGGUAGUCGAUCUACGACAGGAUCCAGAGUCUGUCCUGCUGGUCGACGUUGGAGGCGGACCCGGCCAGGAAAUGUCGCGCUUCAGAGAGCGUCAUCCCAACAUCCCGGGAAGAAUUGUUCUACAGGAUCUACCAUUGACCCUCAAUCGAAUCGAAAAGGUGCCGGACGGCAUCGAACCUAUGGAGCAUGAUUUCUUCACUCCCCAGCCAGUCAAGGGUGCUAGAGCGUAUUUCUUUCGCCAGGUAUUGUACAACUGGUCCGAUGCUAAAAGCAGACAAAUCCUGUCGCAUAUCGCUGAAGCUAUGGACCCUGAAUAUUCAACCCUGCUGAUCGACGACUACGUCCUGCCAGAUACAGGAGCUGAGCUGCGAGCCGCCGAGAUGGAUAUUCUCAUGUGGUUGCAUACCGCCGGUCUUGAGCGGACCGUUUCGCAGUGGAAGUCUCUCUUUGAUUCAGUGGGACUCGAAUUAGUCCGGAUCUGGAACACUGAUAAGGGCGAUGAGUCCGUGCUGGAAGUGAGAAAGAAGCAUUAG